UGUGGUUUCUGUCACAAAUAUUUUCUGAUUUUUUAUUUUUGAAACUCUUAUAAAACAGUGUCAAUUUUUUAUUUAAACGUGUUUCCUCGUUUUUAUUUAUUUGACUUGUGGGAAUUUGAAUUUUGAAAUCCGCAUUUUCCAAAUUUGUAGGAUGUAGUUUUGAUUUGAAAUAGAAUUUUUCAGAAUGAACACGUUUGCCUUCUCCUUUUUGCUGUAGUUUAUAAGAACGUGUUAAAGGUUAAAAUGGAUAACUAUAUUCAAAUUAAAGAUAUGCGACCUGGUUUAAAAAAUAUCAAUGUUGUGUUUAUUAUUCUUGAGGUUGGACCUCCUACAGUGACAAAAGAGAACAGGGAAGUUAGAACUUUUAAAGUUGCUGACCAAACAGCUUGUAUUAACGCAAGUAUUUGGGAUGAAGCGGGGCAGUUGUUAAUUCCUGGUGAUAUAGUUCGCUUAACUAAGGGUUAUUUAUCAAUUUGGAGGAACUGUUUGACUCUGUAUACAGCUAAAGGAGGUGACAUGCAAAAAAUUGGGGAGUUUUGUAUGGUUUUUAAUGAACAACAUAAUGUUAGUGAACCAAAUCUUUUUUCUCCAAUUGCUGCUGGUAUACCUACUACCAAUAAUUUGACUUUAAAUAAUGGAACAAAUAAUGGUGCGGGAAGAGUAGGACCCUCAACUCCGGGAGUUCCUGUAACAACUUCAGCAUCCAUCCAGCACAACAACAUUGUGGGACCACUAGCUAAAGCCUCGGCCAACAGUAAUAAUGUGAGUAGACCUCCUAGUGGCACUGGUGGACCACCAUCUAGUAAUAGUGAUAGUCAAAAAAGGCAGAGAGGUUCAAGAGGGGGCCAACAUAGAAAUAGGCACAAUAGGACGUAAUAUUAUUUUAUAACAAAUUUUUUCUUCAAUUAUGGUCAUAGUAUUGUAUUUUCUUAAACUUUAAUGUUAUGUUCAACCAAGUUUUCUGGCACUGAUUAUUACUUAGCAUAUUAUAAUAUAUACCAUGUUAUUGUCAUCAUGUGAAUGUAUUCAAAACAAUUUAUAUGUUUAGGCUGUGUCAAACACUAAUAAUUUAAUCAAAUUAAGUUUGUGACACUUAUGUAACUUUAGUUCAAAAAUAAUAUUGUUAACAAAUUAUAUAAUUGCUAAUUACUUAAAUUUUUGAUUAACUAUGGCAACUUUUAUUUCAGAGACAUCUCCUAAUUAUUUUUGUCAUUUAUUUUCAGUUUCCUAGAGGUCAAUGAAUAAAAAAUUUAGAUGUAAUAGAAAUAAAAAUUAAAGAAUAAUGAAUAAAUGAAUAAAAAGUUGUCAAGGUAGGAUAUACAACCUUUGAAGAUAGGUAUAGCGUGUUUAUGUAAACCAUGUGGUGGUAUUUUGAGAGCUGUAUGUAGAUUUUUAUUUUUUAGAAAUGUGAUGAUCAUUGUUGGAUAUUUAAUAUAACACAAAAACCAGCAUUGUUUUUUAAGAAUGGAUUUGUUCUAAAUACUUAGAGAAUAUGGAAAUUUUCUAAAUGAAUUUAUACCUGGUUUUUGUUGUCUCCUGGUACUUUAAGUAUACUAGAAUAAUUAUUAAUUUUGAUUUAUUUUUUUUCUUCAUACUAGAAGUGUUGUGUGAAGUUUCACAUUUAUUUUAUUAACAAAGGUAUCAUGCUUUACCACACUUUCUCAACAAAAUAAGUGCUUAUUUGAAAUUUGUGUACCAUGUGGUUCGAGAUGCCGAGCAUAUAGAAUGAAGCUAAGCCGAGUCGUCAAAUAAUAGAAAUGCGUUAUUUUUUAGAAUUUGCAAUCAAGUGGAAAUUUGAAUUUCCUAUGAUUUUUUAUUAACACUCACUAUUUGUUUUGAAUAACGCAAAUUAAAGAAUCGGGUAUCAAGGAUUACAACCGACCUAUCCUCUGCGGAAAUAGUACAAUUGCUUGUUUUCUAUGGUAAGUAUUUUCUGUAAUUUUAUCUGUUCCCUGAUAUAGGGUUUCUGGUGAACUUGCCUCAACAAUACUUUUAUGCGUAUUUUUGAAAUCUGAUUGUUUUGCCGUUCAAUAAAACAUUCGUUCACUAUACACGUAAACAACUCGUUUUUAAAUAUUUACCACCAAGAUCCACUAAAUAUAUUCGUUAAGUGAAAUUUUUCUUGUUUGUGUAUAAUUUAUCGAACUUAGUGAGCCCACAACCGCUAUCUAGAUAGGGAAUUUAAACUCGUGUAAGUGGGGACAGAAAUUUUGUAUCGCUAUAUCUGUAUCUCUUUCAGCCUUCCUUAGUUACCAAUCUAUUUGCUUGUGCCCUUUUUUAAAUGGUCGUUUUUUUCUGAUGGAAGAUUUAGGUAGGAUUUUUUUUAACUACAAUGCAUUGGUUCCUGUUUUACCAAGUUUAUCGGAAACGAAAUAAAUACCAAGUCUCACAAAUGGUACCUACCUAUUAUUUAUUUUAUCAAAAUGCGCAUGCGCGUUGUUGGAUAUACAACGUCUACGUCAUGAUUUGCAACAUGAGUUACAGAAUGUCAUUGAAUAAGUGUGCAAUUUUUGAUGUAAGAGAAUUUUUUACAGUGUGUCCCAAAUUUGAGCUAUCGACUAUUUAUUUGAAGGUUAAAUGAAGUUACACAGGCGUGCCAAAUUUAUAGUAAUAAUAAUAAUAUUAUACAAGUUUAAUAAACGGCAUGUCAUAGUUACAUGUUUGUUCUGGCACGAAUGUAGCGAGUAUUUAACAUCCGAGUGAC